AUGGCGAUUAGGAAGCAGUCAUUCGUAAGUUUUGUGGCGCUAUUAAGCCUGACGGUGCUGUCCUUCGGCGUGCAUCAGGUGAAUCCCGAAGACUGUCCCUUCUGGAAAGACAUUGCGUCUUCUGAAGGUUUCCAUCAGUACAUCGUCGCAGCAAGUGAACUGGCCCAUCUAGACAUUGCUGUGCCACCGGAGUUCGGCGUGGACGAAAGUUCUGCAUUGGCCCAAUUGCUGAGGAAGGCGCCGAUAAGUGUUCGAGUUCUAAGAGGAACAUCAGCGCUUUUUUACCUGCAACAGCGUGGCACCGUGGAUCAGGACCGCCACGCUCUUGUGCUCGUGUUUUGCAAAUCAACAGCGUGGGACAUUCUUUCAAUCAUUUUAUUAAAUCCGUACGUAAUGCAUUUGUACGUGAUUUCUGAUGACCCCUGGGGGUACAGUAAUGCUUACACUUUCUUCUUGCAACAGGGCUGUCCCGCGACUCGAGGUAGUGAAAGGUACCUUUCGCUGCGAUUCAUUCUUGGGACAUGCGCUCUAUGCGCGACUGUACUUGCCACCGGGUACAAAGGCGUUAUUGUUUCACUUUUUUCAAACGUCCCUCUUGCGGGUGAGUCAAUCACAGUAACAACACCAGUGAGAGAUUUUAGGUUGUGUGUUCUCAGUAAUGUUUUCACCCAAGAGGUUGAAGGUAUUAAAAGCCAUGAGCUCAAAAAGUGUAUCAAGUCAUCUGGCGAAAUUAAAAUAGGAAAUGACGGAAAGGAUCAGUUUAUGAUCGUUGGCUCUGGAUACGACGAAUUCAAGGACCAACUAAUCGACAGGAACUAUAUAGAGUCUGUUGCGUUUCAGGUACUUACUGGACCUGAAAUAAGGACCAUCUCUCCUUACCGAAAUGCCAUGAGUAAUCUUUUCUCGCGAGCCUUUGAAGCUGGCAUUUUUAAACGUUUUGUGUCUCUCUCUAAUCAUAAACGGUUUCGCACACGUAAAUUCAAGACACAUAAAGGUAUGACUAACGAAAAACCCGUCACAUUGAGCGACCUUCGACCAUGUUUCGUUCUAUGGUGUGUUGGAAUAAUUCUUUCUGUCGUAGUUUUUAUUAUUCAGAGCAUAGUACAGAUAACGCAAGGCCUCACCUUACCUUGGAAUCGGUGUAGGGUUGGUUCACAAACUUUGAGAUCCAGACAAAUUGUUGUGCAUCAAUGA